UCUACACCCACGUUCUAAACUUCCUGAUUGUGCACUACAUUUGUAAGAUCAUAUGUCAAAGUUUAUGAACGAGUGUACAUGCAGACAUGUUGACUCAAAUCUUAAAGUUAAUACUGGUUGUUUAUUGGAUAACGAACUUAGCGAUAGGCGUUACGUUGUCAGGGAACGGUACAUUCGGAGGUUUCACAGUCCAGGAGAACUCAUCCCUGCAACUGAUGUGCUUUACGUCUACCGAUGUGAACUAUGUUACCUAUUAUGUAAGACUAUUGUCAUUAACACCUAUGACAAUAACCUCAGUAGGUUACGGCCCAUCAGGCUGUGGCACCUACCCCGCACCGCCAUCCUACCUGAGCUGCUUCUGUGUUAGUAGAAGGGAGUACGCCUGUGUCAUCCGGACCGUCACCAGAAACAUGAACGAGGACGUUUGGUAUUGUCUACCUCCAGGCGGAGAUUUAUCUGACGAAAGUGGUGAUCAAACAAUUGUCGUUACAAUCGGUAUAACCGCGGUGUCUAUGAUAUUUCCGGCGGGCAGCUCCGUGUCCGUCAUAAACAACACUGCCAGACAAUUCCGGUGUGAGACAUCUGCCGGGAACCCCCAGGCCACUGUGGAGUGGUACAAGGAUAGCGGUACACCGGACAGGGCGGAUGACACUCAUAUAACUACCGGGACAGAAAUAGACACUAGCGCUAGUGAUACCCUGAUUGUUACUAUCGGUAAACUGACGUUGACUGUGCAGAAAAACGACCAGGAAGUGGGCGUUUACUGCAGGGCAAACAACGGACGGGAUUGGCUCUAUUCCUCCAGUGUUGUCUUAGAUAUUCAGUAUGUACCUUCCACUCCGAAAGUAUCCUACAAGGGUUCCGAGGUUACCUCCCCUGUACGAUUAAUAUCCGGGCGUUCCAUGGCGCUCAUAUGCAGCAGCAUUGGGAACCCGAGCCCCACUUACACCUGGACAUACCCUGGUGGAGGCUCACAUAGUGGAUCCACGAUCACACUUGCGAUCGUGCUGAAAACACACGCCGGAGGUGUAACGUGUACAGCAAUGAACACGUUGUCACCUACAGGAGGGGCAGCGGUUGUCAUGACACGAACAACAACCAUCUCUCUUCAGGUUCUAUAUCCUCCAAGUAGACCAUCAUGCACCACCAUUGGAACUUCUAUCUCGACCUCUGCUGUAUUAGUCGAGGGCACAGACAGCACUUUUAGCUGCAUAAGUUACGCCAAUCCGCCCCUGAUUACGUACACAUGGUCAACUCCUGGACGUGGACAAGUUUCCGGAGCCAAUGUGACCCUGACCAAAGUCCAUCACCAUGCUGACCAAGGACAGUACACCCUGACAGCCACAAACACAAUGGAUCCCACAAGUGGAAACGUGGAAACGGGAACAAGCAACACAUCGUUUUCGGUGGAUAUACAAUUUGAAAUUUCCACCCCUAUUGUAUCUUACCGGGAUUUCGCGAUAACCUCCCGCGUGCGCGUUAUAUCCGGACGUUCCAUGACGCUCAACUGCAGCAGCACGGGAAACCCAAGCCCCGCUUAUGCGUGGACGUACCCUGGUGGAGGUUCACAUGUUGGCCCAAACCUCAUAUUUACCAGCGUGCAGACCACACUCGCCGGGAAUGUUACGUGUACAACCUGGAAUACGCUGUCACCUACUGGGGAAAUAGCGUUUGUUAAGACCAAGCAAACAACCACGAGUCUCCAAGUUCUAUAUCCUCCUGUUACACCAUCAUGUACCAUCAACGCAACUAUAAUCUCGACCACCGCAGUACUACUAAAUGGAACAGACGGCACUAUAAUAUGUACCAGUUCCGCCAUGCCGACUCCGACCACAUACACCUGGUCUACUCAGGGCCGUGGAGCAGUGUCUGGAGCUAUUUUAUCCCUAACCAAUGUUCAGCACCCAGCUGACCAAGUUGGACCUAAAGUGCAAGUUCCUCAUACUUAUAACAUUUUGGAGGGCGCUGCUUUAAGCUACCCAUGCUUGUUUAUUCCUGGGAACCCUUCUAAGACAUCCAUUGUCUGGACGUCGUCAUUCGACCAUAGACAAUGGAAUAGCCAGAUUGUAAGUAUCAGCUCUGUGCUGAGAUCUGACGACGGCAUGUACACGUGUACCGCGACAAACAAGAUGACGCCUACUGGAUCUCCCGUCCAGAUUGGAAUUCACAGCGGAACUACGCACAUUAAUGUGCAGUAUGAAUCUCUCGUUAGUGACUUUUACGUAACUGAGCACAUCGGAACUGUUAACGUCACAAAAUCAGAGCACAGCGAUGCGACGUUUACCUGCACUGUGGAUAGCAAUCCGCUAUCAACCCUCAAUAUUCGAAAGGAAAGUGAAAUUAGGAAAUCCGUCGAAAAUUCAAAACAGCUGGAAUAUACCAUUGUAAACUUAACGUGCUGGGAUGCCGGGCUUUACACAUGCGAUGGCAGUAAUAUGUUUAAUAAUAACACACCUUCGACGAAGGAUUUGAGGUUGUUUGUAACAUGUGCACCAAGGCGCCCUCCUGGCGGGAAUAUCAAAACGAACUUUACAGCCCGACUGCAUGACAAUGCAACACUGCAAUACACAGUCCUUGCAUACCCAGUCCCUAGUCCGUCACAGUUUGUGUGGAAGAGAUGUUCAAGCAGUACAAAAUGUAUCAAUUUAUCGAAUACCUCCAGAAAGACUGAAAUUACAACAAUAGGAUUAUCGAGUAGUUUGACCAUUUUUGAUAUCAGUAUGGAUGAUUUCGACGUCUACACUAUUUCAAUUGACAACGGUAUUGGCGAGGAGUUAGUCGAAGAGAUCUUCCUUCAACCAGUAGGUCCACCUGACUCGCCAAGAGGGUUCAAGGUUAUUCCAAAUACAAUCACGAGCUCCAGUGUUGUACUUACAUGGAUUCCAGGGUUUAAUAAUGGUCAUCUGCAAACCUUUCACAUAUCAUAUCGGCCUUCAAAACCCUUUGCAGACUGGCUUGAGAUGAAUGUCACAUAUACAGGAGAGACUGAGAUGAACGUUACACUUGACAAUUUAGAACCAGGAGAGUCGUACAUUGUAGAAUUGUAUGCAUUAAAUUUAGAAGGGGCGUCAGUGAAAAGGAACAUAACGUUCAGCACCUUGACGCAUACACCAUCAGAAAUCAGCCAUUUAAAAACACAGACCUCUACAAUUGCUGGUGGUGUUACAGCUGGGAUUGUAUUGAUACUGGGUAUUUCGGUAGUCAUCUUUGUUUUUCGAAGAAAAUAUUCUGUAUCGUGUGCCUUCAAGCUCAACCCCAAAGAAGGUAUUAACACACUUACAAAUUUAAUAUCAUGAUAUUUAGACAUUGAUGGACUUAUGUUUGACAUACGCCGUAUUUUUUACCUACACUAAAGAUGUUAAGGAUUUUCACUUCCCACGGACUGUAUAAUUAGGUGACUUGCACAUGUUUGCUCUUUAAAAUAUCUGAACCCAAGUGUUAAAUACUGUGACUUUUGAAAGAUUGUAUUUGGUAUGGUUUAAUUGAAUUACUCUCGGUGAGCUAUUCAGGUCGGACUAUUGAACAUCUUCCGUUUUGCGUCUGCAUCGUUUGCAUAUGCGAACAUACACGCGGAAGUACACACUUCUAAAUAAAUGUUGAUAAAAAACAUGUUAUGAAAAUUCGAAACACUGAGUCUUUGCCUAAAACUUAAUCAGUUAAAAAAGCCUUCUUUACGCAAAAUAUUUAUCAUAUGAUCACCAGGCCCAAACAUCACACAAAUACUCAAGUCAAAUCUCAGUUUCAAUUAUAACUCAAUUUACCAAAUACAAGCUAAUUAUUAUUCAAAACCUUACAUGUUUUUAUACCUAUUUUAAAACGUAUUUUCGCAAAGACUGUGUUAAUAAGAAAAAAAUAUUCUAGAGCAAGCAAAUAUACUUGAGUAUAAAUUGUACUUAAAUACAUUUUCGGCUGUAAAAAAAUCUCUGAGAAGCUUGACCAAAGGCCUUUAUGAACAUAAUCUUUCAUGGAAUGCGCACUAAAUGGGUAAAAACGUAUACGGUUUUUAAUUACCUUUGAUGCGCUGUGGUAAAUACGUUGAGACAAAAUCAGGAUUUCACUUAAUUAUUUUUUGUUAUAUUGGGCCCAGGAAUAGUUGUUAAAAUGAUUGUGCUAAUAGUUUUUGGUAAUAUCAAAUACGGCUCAUCUUGAAUCAAGUUAGAAAGUUAGAUAAAUAACAUGCAUCCAAUAGAAUCUGUAUUUCCCUUGGGCCUAGCGAAAAUUGGUCAGAGUGACUGUACUACAACAAUCAUUCUGGAAUUAAAAUAUCGGAUAUCUAGGAAUAAAACUAGUUCAUAAAAUGUAUAAACAGCAGAUAUUGGUUUAUUCAUCCGAUCUUUGCGAAAUUAUGAAGCUAAUGUGUUGUUAAGUUUACAAACGUUGAAUGGGUCAACACUUCGGACAAACUUUUAACGCGAUAAAGACUCACUUUUUCAUCUUAUGACUGCGAAUUAUGGCCGAAAAAAAUAUACCGAUGAUUGUUAUUUGUAUAUUUACUUAUUUGGAUUGUUUAGGAUCAGUUUGAAGGUAUGUAUAUCCCAUUGGUUUGUUAUUUACAGAUAAGAGAUCAAACUUUUAUCCGAAACUUGACCACAAUAAUUGUUUGGGGAAAUCUAAGACAGUCUCCAAAAUAGAUCAUGUUUUGUAAAAAUGAAAAUAGUUUUUACAAACAAAACGUUUAUGGCCUGUUUAAUGCAGUAUUGAUGUAUUCAAUGUUAAGUAUUUCUGAACAUUUGGAUAAAUGUUUGUGUAAUGUUGAUGUAUAUGUAAAUCAGUACAACUAGUGUUCUUAUAAAUACAUUGUUAAAUUAUGUCUAAUAUUAAAUUUACAGAUUCACCUUCAAAUCAAACUGGACAUGGCACUGGAAACCCCGGAUAUAACGUUGCGGUUACUUACGAAGAAGUGUCAAUGACAAAUAACAAGACUGUUUAUGACGCUCUAGAUAUUGGAAACGACAGAUCCAAAGCAUCACACGUGUAUACGAGUUUGGAUGAUUCAAAGUCUAAUGUAAACUACGAGAAUGUCAAACCAGAUGAUCCCGUUUACAACAACACGUCACUGACAAAUCCGGCGCAGACAGUGCUCUAAUGGUCAUAUAACUGUAGCUCAAUGCCUAAAUAGUGUAUACUAUUAUAUAUUUUUAGUGAUUAAUUCUCGUAUUUUGUAAGACCGUGUAAGACCAAAAUCGAUAACCGACUUGUAAAAUGCGGUAAACCGAUAUGACAUAAUAUAUUUAUUUUUAUGUUCAUGGACGUAGAACAAAACAAAGGAAAACAUUUUUUUGGAUAUUUUUGUCGGUAAUCUCCAUUAUAGUAUCAUCUCCAGAAUAUCUUAAACUUAUCAAACUCAUCUUAUAAUUGUUAAAAGUCACACACAUAAAUAAAAACAGAGCGGCACAUUUGGAAUUCGAUUUAUAUUUAUUAUAGGGAUACUUUUUCAAAACAUUUAUAUUACGCAGUACAUUGCUUGUGUUUUUGUAAAUAGAGCAUAUAUACACUUAAUGCUAUGUUUUCUAAUGUACACAGCCUUGUAAUAAUCUGAAGGUAUUAACGGUAAAAUCCGAACAAUUGAAUAGCAAAGUGAUCUUCAAAUGGAAUGUAGAGCAUAAAGAACAGUUUUUAGAAGAUAUAAGUCGAGAUAUUGAUAUUUUAUGUGGACAGUUAUUAACAAUGAAAAGCAAUGAUUGUUAUACGGAUGAUAUGGUACAAACAUUUACGGUAUUUUUAAGCUCUAAAGGAAAUAAGUACUUUGAAAAGCGCACUAAGGUAGCAAAAAAUACAUAUUUUACGCAAAGCGACAAAACUAUGAAAAAAUGGUUUAAUGAAGAAUGUCGUGUCAAGAAAAAUAUUUAUACCGUCAAUUUAAAUACUUAUAAUUUGAAUAAAACUAAUGAAAGUAGAACUGAAUUACUACAGGCAAAAACGAUUAUAAAUAUCAAUGCAGAUUAAGUAAACGCAAGUAUAAUCAGGCACAGGCAAAAACAAUGAAUGAUAUGCGUAAUAAAAAAUCAAAAGAAUUUUGGAAAAUGUUUCGACGGGCGCCAGUAAACGAUAACAGUGAAAAUGUCAAUAUCAGUUCCUUUUUUGAACACUUUAAAAAAUUAUCAAGUGAAACGGUAAUUGAAGAAGACGUAGACAUCCAGAAUUUUGUUGAAUUUUUUUUUUACUGAGAAUUUAACAACAUUCGAAGAACUCGACUCAUCAUUUACAAAGGAUGAAAUUAGAAAAGUGGUGAAAUUACUAGGAACAAAUAAAGCAUGCUCUUUUGAUAACAUUAUAUAUGAAUAUUUUAAAGAGGGGAUUAACAUAUUGGAAACUCCUUUGGAGAUUAUAUUUAAUUACAUUUUAGAAAAGCAAUGCUUUCCGAGUUCGUGGUCAAAAGGCGUAGUUUUACCCAUAUUUAAAAAAGGUGAUCAUUCACAUCCUAAUGAUUAUCGAGGCAUUACAUUGAUUAGUUGUUUCGCUGUUUUUACUGUGUUGAUAAAUGAAAGGCUGAAACGAUGGGUUAAGGAAACAGACUUACUCACCGAUGCUCAAUUCGGUUUUAAAAGCAAUUAUAGUACAAUAGAUGCAAUUUUCUUGUUGAUGUCGUUCAUUGACAAACAACUGCAAAAGAAAAAGAAGCUAUAUUGUUAUUACAUUGACCUACUUAAGUAUUUUGAUUCUAUUUAUAGAAAUGGUUUGUGGUUUAAGCUAUUGAAGUCUGGAUUAGAUGGUCGACUAUUUAACGUUAUUAAAUCAAUUUAUUGUCAAGUAAGAUUAUGUGUAAAACAUAUGGGCUCGCUAUCUGAUUUUUAUGAUUGUGAUAUUGGCCUUUUACAGGGAGAAAUAUUGUCACCGAUUUUAUUUUCAAUGUUCGUUAAUGAUAUAGAACUAUAUUUAAAUGAAAAUAACGAUGCAGGUUUAACAUUAGACCAACUUUCAAUUUAUUUGUUAUUGUUUGCAGAUGAUGCUGUAAUAUUUUCUGAUACUGUUGAAGGUCUUCAAAGAUCUUUAAAUAAUUUGCAUGCAUAUUGUGAAAAGUGGAAACUUAAGGUUAAUGUUAAUAAAAAAAAAUAGUUGUUUAUAAAAAAGGGAGGUAAUAACAAUGAAAAUGUAAAUAUUUAUUACAAUGAUGAAUGGAUAGAAAAAGUUUGGGGGAUCAUUUAUGAAUGCUACACAGACAUUAGCAGAUAAAGGACUUAAGGCUAUGGGAAAUUUGUUUGGGAUAACUAGGGGGAAAAAAAUUCCUGUUAAAAUUAUGUUGAGUUUAUUCGACUCAUUUGUGUCAUCAAUUUUGUGCUAUUCUUGUGAAGUAUGGGGCUUUUGUAGAGCUGAAAAUAUAGAAAGGGUUCAUAGAAAAUUUCUGAAAAGACUUCUUGGUGUAAAAAUAAGCACUAGUAACUCUGCAAUAUAUGGUGAACUAGGACGGUACCCUCUGUAUGUUACUAGACAUGUACGAAUUGUUAAAUAUUUUCUUAAACUGUAUCAAUUUAAAAGAGACAAUUGCAUUUUAUACAAUACAUUGCAAAGCCUUCGAUAUGAUGCGGAAAAUAACGCAAAUUCAAACAAUUGGUGUUCUAAUGUACGCACUUUAUUACAAAAUGCAAGAUUCAAUGAAGUAUGGUUAUAUUCGGAGUCGAUUAAUAUUGAUUAUUUUAUUCCUAAUUUUAGAAGAAGGUUAAUCGACUCGUUUAUUGGACAUUGGAAAAAUGAUAUAAACUCUUUAAGUUCACUAGUGUUAUACAGAGAACUAAAAUGCACUAUACAUAUGUCAUCGUAUAUAGAUAAAUUGUAUAGCUAUAGACUUAGGAAUAUUAUUGCUAGAUUAAGGUUGUCCUUUCAUAUGUUAAAUGUUGAAAGAGGAAGAUAUGUUAAUAUUGAAAGAAAUCAACGUAAAUGUGUUUUAUGUGUUAAUAAUGAUAUCGAAGAUGAAUAUCACUUUGUUUUGAUUUGUCCGAAAUAUAAUGACAUUAGGAAAAAAUACAUAACUAAAUUGUACUAUGCAAGACCAAGCAUGUUUAAAUUCAUUCAAUUAUUAAACUCGGAAAAUGCUGCAUGUCUACGAAAACUAGCUUUGUAUUGCAAACAUGCUUUUAAGCUACGAUAUACUGCUUUGAAUAAUAAUGCUUAACUUUUAACAUGUUGAAAUCAUUGUUAGUUCAUAUAUGUAUAUAUGUAUAAGGCACUCUCGCAUUUAUCAACUAUUGCCAUGCCAUGUGUUAUGUUAUUAUAACAACGAUGAACUGUGUAUGUUCAAGUUAACAAUAAAUUUUCU